CAAAGGGAAGCAGUUCCUGCCGGUCGGAGGAGCAGCCGCCGCCGCCGCCACUGCGUGCUCGCUCGCCCUCUCUCGCGCUGUGGCGGGGAGGACGGAGCUCCUGGGGCGCACUUCCCGCAGGGAGAGACGGCUGCCCCUGCCCUGAGCCUCGUCGCCUCGAGAGGCGGCCAGCAGGAGAAACCGAGCGGACGGCCGCGGGUGAUCUCUAGCUAGGCAGCGCUAUGGCACCAAUCCUCCGAGUGGACGAGCAAGACAGAGAACUGGGAGGGGCCACUAACUCCUCUUGCUUGGCUCGGCUCUGCUCCAUCUCCGCCUCCUCGGCCCGGCCCAGGGGACCAGAAGAGUCAGGGGGCUGCCUAACGAGGGAGGCCCUCCUUCUACAAGGCAGCGGAGGAGGAGAGAGCGCGGCUUGGCUGCUCGUUCCAGUUUAAUCUCUUCGCCUCACCAGCACCAGCUGCUGAUCCGACACUCUCGUUUUGUAGCAAACAAGUAGCGGCAUUGGGCCCACGUUUCCAAACGCUUCAUACAUCACGCGUAGGAGGUAGGCGGGCCGGGGAAGGGAUCCGCUCUCCCAGCACCGAGAAAGCAGCUACCGAGACUGGGGAGACGCCUUUUCCCCCUCGAAAGAAUGCGAUAGGGAAGCCCCUUGGGUGAACUAGACGCUCCGGCCGCACCCGAGGGCAGGGCGAGGAAACCCUCCCACAUGGACGCACCGCGGGAGAGUCGGUGACGUCACCCUGGAAUGAGGGCGGGGCGGACACCGAGGAGUCUGUGCGCCCCGCCCCCUCCAGCCUGUAGUUGGGCCGCUUGCGCCCGGAGUCAGCCAGGCAGAGGAUGGGUGCGGAUCACACGUGGGUGCACUUGCUUAGUUUCUUGCAGCGGGGAGAACGGCGGACAGUCGCCGACGCGCGCGGUCUGAAAAGGAGCUGCUGCAGGCAACGGGAGGACGGAGGAGCCGAGCGCAGAGGCGGCUCCGCUUUUAAGGCGUCUAUAUCGGACUGUGUGGUAUCGUAGGAGGCGUUAGCAGGAGGAUCUUUGGCAUCGCCCGCUUCCCCCCGGACCCAGCAGUUGUUUUUCUGUCGGCGGCCAGGAGUAACAUGAGGGGGGUGCUGGUGAUCUUGAGUGUUCUUCUGGCGGCAGGUUGGUCCAUGCUAGUGAAUGGUGAAGAGAAUGAGGUUUACCACAAAGAAGGCAGAGAUGAUCUGGCAGAUGUCCAGCUCUUUCCAGCCAGGGAGACUUUGGAGCAUGAAGGGGAGAGAGAAGGAGGUGUGUCAUCUACAGGGGAUGACUUUCGUGAGCUCCCUCAAGUUGCUUUCCUAUCCAGUCCACAAGAUCCUGUGACUCCAAAGAAAGAAGGGAAAGGGAAAAAAAGGAAGAAGGGCAAAGGGAGAAAGAGAGACCCCUGCUUGCGAAAAUACAAGGAUUAUUGUAUUCAUGGGGAAUGCAAAUACAUCAAAGCCCUAAAAGCUCCAUCCUGCAUAUGCCAGCAAGGAUACCAUGGGCACCGAUGCCACGCCCUUACUCUUCCACUGGAGAACCCCUCCCACGGUUACAACCACACAACUAUACUGGCAGUCACUGCAGUGGUGCUGUCAUCUCUGUGUCUUAUCAUCAUUGCUGUGUUGCUAAUGCUCAGAUGUCACAAGCAAGGAGUGUAUGAUGUAGAGAAUGAAGAGAAGGUUAAGCUGGGCAUUACUGUCAACCACUGAGAUGUCCUGGGAUUACAAGGAUUCAGCAGUGGAACAGCUCUUAUUUCCAUAAUCCAGUGGAUAAAAGUUUUUUCCUAGACACAUUUCAACAUCAAACUGGAGUUUGUAUGAGUGGAACAGAUUGUGUCAGAUCUUUGCUUUGUUGAAGAAGCAAUUUGUUCAAAUAGGAAGAAUUUUGCAAGAGAUGUUUCUCUGCAGAGUGCUUGUUCCUGAAAUGUGGAGCCACAGCACAGAAGGAGAAGAGUUGGACUUUGCCUCGGUACCAUUGGAAAGUAACAUCUUUGCAAGCAAUCAAUGUUCCAGUAAACUGGAUUCUUCAGACAUCUGCUGAGGAUUUAACUGUGAAAGACUUACUCUGCUGAAGAAAUCUAACUUUUGAACUCUAUUAAAUGAGGGGGGAACUAUUUAACAAGAUAUUUCAUUUUAAAUUAUAUAUUUAUUUUAGAUACGUUGUACAUACUAUUUAUUUAGGGCUUGAUCCUGUAGUCCUGCAAUCAAAUGGAGAGACAGGAGGAUUGUGCAGUGUAACACUCUAAUAAAUAACCCUUUGUUAUA